AUGGGAUACUUUUGUGUAUUCAACAAGAAAGGAUUGGUUGUCCAUGAGGAAGGAAGGAUGCCUGAAUAUCUCAACCAGGUAAUAGCAUCUCUGGACAUGUCCAGGCUUGCUGAUUCAAGAAAAAUCAGAAACCAGAUUAUGGAAUAUGAAAUUAGAGGUCCACUUGUAUAUUUGAGCAUAUCCAGGACUCCCAGUCUCAAGGCAGCUGUUUGCGAUUAUCUUGGUGAGAGUGAGCAGAAGACACAUCAAGAGGAUAAAAAGAAAGCAGACAAAGGGCAUAAGAAAAGAAGGUGGGAGGAUGCAGGAGACGAGGGGGGGCUGGAUUAUUCCACUUCUUCAAGUGUAGUGAAUUAUUUUGUUGAUGCGGUUAAGAAGGCCACAGUAAAAAAAGCAUUUGGGCUGUUCAAAGGGGAAAUAGAUGUAAACGAAUUGAAAGACAAGAUGACUACGCAUUUGAUAAGCAAGAAUGUAAGCUACCAAAUAACCAAAACACUUGUAGAGGAUAUCAUGUCGGAGCUGGCAGAAGAAGAGAUAAAAAGCGUUUCCGAGAAAACAUUUAAGGAAAAGAUGGCCAAUGUGCUCAGUAAGCUUAUUCCAUCUGUAGACCACGAGGAGAUGCUGGACAGAAUAAGAGGGCACAAGGGGGUGUUUUCUAUUUGCUUCGUUGGGGUGAAUGGAGUUGGAAAAAGUACAUCUCUGGCCAAAAUAUGCUACUGGCUGCUGCAGAACAAGCUUAGGGUGUACAUAGCUGCAUGCGAUACAUUCAGAGCGGGGGCUAUUGAACAGCUCAAAACACACGUGGAGAGAUUCAAACUAGGAGGCCAUCUAGUCGGAUUCUAUGAGAAAGGAUACGGAAAAGACGAUGCCUCUGUCGCAAGAUGUGCCAUUCAGGAGGCCCAGCAUGAAGGAUAUGAUGUUAUUCUGAUUGAUACAGCAGGUAGGAUGCACAAUAAGAAGAACCUCAUGGCUUCUCUUACCAAGCUAAUGAAAAUCAACAGGCCUGAUCACAUCAUAUAUGUGGGAGAGGCAUUGGUUGGAUCGGAUAGUCUGGACCACAUUAGAGAGUUUAACAAAGCAAUUAGAGAUGCAGAUCAAUCAAGAAAAAUCGACAGUAUACUUCUUACGAAGGUUGAUACGGUAGAUGACAGAAUAGGGCAGAUCCUGAAUAUGGCCUUUUCUUCCCACGCUCCCAUUUUAUUCUUGGGUGUCGGGCAGUCAAACUCGGACUUGUCCAAGAUAGGGUCCGAAGAUAUUGUAAGCAGUCUUAUGUCUGAUUAA